AUGGCCGACCAACCGAUCUAUCAGGCCAGUACGACUGCUCCAGUCAACAUCGCAGUCGUCAAAUAUUGGGGAAAACGCGAUCCAAAGCUCAACCUCCCUACCAACUCUUCGAUCUCCGUAACUCUCUCCCAAGCUGACCUGCGUACACAUACAACAGCAGCUUGCUCGGCCUCCUUUGGCCCAGGAGACAGCCUUCUCUUGAAUACCUCCCCACAAGACGUUUCAGGAGCUCGAACACAAGCCUGUUUCCGCGAAUUGCGCUCUCUGCGCUCCGAACUCGAAGCUUCGUCUCCUUCUCUCCCAAAACUCGCUGCUCUCCCGCUACGAAUAGUAUCUGAGAAUAACUUCCCUACCGCUGCUGGACUUGCGUCUUCUGCUGCUGGGUUCGCUGCCCUCGUGCGCGCGAUUGCGAAUCUGUAUGAGUUGAAAUCGACGCCUACAGAACUAUCACGGAUCGCGAGACAAGGAAGCGGAAGUGCGUGUCGAUCGCUUUUUGGUGGCUAUGUAGCAUGGCAGAUGGGCGAGAAGGAUGACGGAUCGGACAGUUUAGCCGUAGAGAUCGCACCAGCAUCCCACUGGCCCACCAUGCGCGCCCUGAUCCUCGUCGUAUCGGCAGAGAAGAAAGACGUGAGCAGUACAGCGGGUAUGCAAAUUACAGUCGCAACAUCAAAGUACUUCAAGACGAGGGCGCAGGAGGUAGUGCCCGAGGCUAUGAUUUUGAUGGAAAAGGCUAUCAAGGAGAAGAACUUCCAGAGCUUUGGCGAGGUUACCAUGGCGGAGAGUAACAGCUUCCAUGCCUCUUGCUUGGAUACCAGACCGCCGAUUUUCUACCUCAAUGAUGUUAGUCGGGCUGCUAUCACGGCUGUAAACAGCAUCAACAAGAAGGCGGGCAGGAUCAUUGCUGCGUACACGUUCGAUGCUGGACCAAAUGCUGUUAUAUACUACGAAGACGAAAAUACGGAUGCGGUGGCGGGUGUACUGAAGGGUGCAUUGGGCAACUUAGACGGAUGGGAAGACAAAGAUGUCAAGGUCCAGGAUUACAGUUAUGUUGAUACCAGAGCAAUAUCGGUGCUGAAGGGUGGUUUGAGCAGAGUCAUUCUGACUUCUGUUGGUGAGGGCCCCAUCAGGACGGAGGAGAGUCUGAUUGCAGCGAACGGCGAACCGGUGAGGAAGUGA